AGGUUAUAUAGAGGAUCUCGCCGACACUGGUCGAUAAUCCUUCGAAACGCUUUCUUCGUUGCUUGUUCAAUGAACAAGAAUUUUGUAUACUUGGUGUCGAGGCAAGUUAUCAUCCAAGAAAAGUGAAUUUUUGAUAAACCUUGUUGAAUCUCUAUUAAAGAAAUACUGAAAUUCCUUAUAUAUAUGAAUAGUGAAUGUUUCCUAUUUUAUUUAUUGGUUAUUGUCAGCGAAAGACUAUACAAAAUAUUUUGAAUUAGUAAAAUCAAUUAGCAUCAUGGCAGAUCGUUUAACACAAUUACAAGAUACUAUAAAUCAGCAAGCAGAACACUUUUGCAAUAGCGUCGGGAUUCUACAACAAUAUUCUACACCUAGUAAGUUCCCUGGCUUUGAUCGUAUUGGCACACCACAGCCACAUCAGACUCAAGAAGAUUAUGCUGCUUUAUUCGCGACUCUGAUUUCAAGGUGUGCAAAAGACAUAGAUACAUUAAUAGAGAGUCUGCCAAGUGAAGAGUCAUCUCAAGAACUUCAAGUAGCCAGUCUUAAUCGGCUUGAGCAAGAAAAUCAAGAAGCUGGUGAGCAGCUAGAAGAGAUAGUGAGGCAAGGUGAAGCGUUGCUUCAGCGAAUUCAAGCUGCUCUGCAGGAUAUAGCCCAGAGCCAAUUGGACAUGCAAAAUCCUACAUCUACAACUGUGAUCAACACGAAUCUAAACGCCAAUCCCAGUAUAAAUAUAAAGCAAGAACCUCUCAGUUCUAUCAACACAGUAUCUUCAAAUAACACACAUCAAUUAUCGGAUCCUUCUCCUAACUCAAUAAAUCAAUGACAUAUUUAUGAUUUGUUGUAAUUAUCUUGUAGGAAUUUAUAUUAAAAUACUUUAUAU